GCCUUUGACGGAGUUGACAUUUGAUAUGGCCAUUCUGGAGCACAUACGCUACGAACACGACGACAGAGGCACCGGACCAGAGGAGAGGCACAUGUCUGGGUGCAGGGAUUUGUUAGAGAACCACAUCUUCGAAGCGUUGGAAGAGACAGAGAUGACUCUCAAAGCGAUGGAUCCAAAGUAUUUGGAAGAGGUCAUGGCAGACCUACGCAGCGGCAGUCAGACAGCACAGCGCCUGUCUUAUACCAAGGUAUGCGGGUAA